AUGCUUUUCAAUAAAACGAAUGUGGAGCGAAUUUUGGCUCUGAUCAUUGGAUGUCUAGGAAUGAUUGCUGCAGGCUCCAUUUAUGCUUUUGGAGCCUAUAUAACCUCGGUUAAAGCGCACUUUAAUUAUACACAAUCACAAGUGGAAAUUCUUGGAUCCAUGUCAAACUUCGGAAUAUCACUUGGUUUCCCCGCUGGAAUGAUGUGUGAGAAAUUAGGACCAAGAUGGACGUCAUUAGCCGCCUUACUUAUAGCAACACUCGGUUACUCUCUUCUGUACAGCACCACAUUCACAGAACCAUUCUAUCAUAAAAACGUUUGGCUUCAGUACAUCUAUUAUUUCCUAUCAGGAUUUGGAGCCAUCUUCAUGUAUAUGGCUUCUUUAACCACAAGCAUGACUAACUUCCAUCCAAAACACAGAGGGAAAGUUGUUGGCAUAUUAGACGCCUCCUUUAGCGGCGGACCAGCAUUAUUUUCUGCUCUCUAUGGAACUAUUUUUGCCAGAGGUCACACAAAGGACGAGCAAAACCAGAACCUUGGUGGGUUUUACCUCAUGGAAGCCAUUUCGUUUGCUGUGGUUGGAGCUCUUGGUAUUCUCUUUUUGAAACAAGUAACGUUCGAUUUCGACUUGGAAGUAACUAGAACCGUUAAUUCAGAUACUUUAGAGGACCAAACUUCUAUAAAACAUGAACAUAAAGAACAGAGGGAGAUUACAGGGCUGAAGUUAAUACGGAGGUUUGAUUAUCACUACCUUCUGUGGGCUUACAUAUUUUGUGCCGGUCUACAACUUACUUUCCAAAACAACCAAGGAACAUACUUGAAGUCAUACAAUUUAGAAAAGUAUACAACACUAUUUACCACAUUGAAUCCCAUAGCAGGUGUAGUCUCCAAAUUUUUUGCGGGGUUUCUCUCAGACGCUAUUGUCCAUAAAAUUCCGCGAUCAGGUAUACUCUUGAUAUUUAAUGUAGUACAAACCAUAUGUUUGGGUUUAUGUAUUUUCUUUUCCGACAAUCUCAUCCUUUUCACUAUCAUCGAUCUUGUCAUCGGCUUUGCAAAUGGAGCCCUCUGGUGCCUAACUCCAACAAUGAUGAGCGAAUUCUAUGGCAUGAAAAACUUCGCUCGAAACUGGGGCAGCAUGAUGCUUGGGAAUGCUUUUGGCGGGCUUGCAAUGCAGGAGAUAUUUGGUGCUUUGUAUGACCUUAAAACGGACUCAAACAAUCAGUGUUUUGGCCUUCAUUGCUUCACUUGGAGUUUUAUUAUGUUAACCGUUCUUAGUUUUUGUGCAACAAUUUUUCACUUGGGAUUACUUCAGAAAAAGUUAGAUGAAAAGAAAUACGAGGGUGAAAAUAACUACGUUGAGUUGUGCUGCUCAAAAGAUGAAGAAAAUGGAAAUCCAGUGAGAUACUAGAAAGAACAGAUUUUUUUCAGAAGAA